AUGAAUAUCACAACAAAUUCGCAUGGUGUACUUGUAUUCAGUUCUGAAUUAAAUCCUCCCAUUGGACAACAUGUUACUGAAACUGGAUUGUUUCUCCAAGUUACUCACUUCACACCGCUAAUAGCCAAAAGUGUCUGGUCAAAUAAUCCAUCAACAACGCUUGAACAGUUAUGUGCCUGCAUCAGAAAGGCUCAAUGUAAUAUCGAGAAUGAACGUUCAUCACGUCUAAGUGAAUUAUUAAAUCGAAUUAAACUAUCACAUGCAAUAGACACUGAAAUGGUUUGCUCUAGUGUUAUCAACAAAUCGGUUAGCUUAUCUGAACCUCAAGCUACUGUGCCAACAUUGGGGCGUCUUAUUGGCACUUUAGAAGAGAACAUACUCACAAAUUAUCUGAUAAUGGAGCUUUCUUGCGCAGGAAUUGAACACAGUGGAAUGUGUUAUGAUGGUUCAGGUUGCUUGUCUGCAAUUGGAAUUACCAGCAUACCCUUCAAUCCACCAGGCUGGCAUCCUUCAGAUAUUAUCCCCUUAACAGAUUAUGUUCAUGAGAUGGUGCUUCGUCCACAUUUUGAUCCCUUUACCCACCGUCGCAGUUGGCAAUUAGAUAUUCUUUUCACUGGUAUUCAAGCUCCUUUAAAUGGAAUCUAUCAAAAUUCUUCAUUGUAUCUACGUCAUCAAACUGCUGAAUGGACUGUUUCACGAUUGGAACAUUUGAGUAUUGUUGUUCAUAAUAUACUCAUGGAGUGGGAAAAUUUAUGUUCGAUGCAUGCUUUAUGUUAUCGUGUAAUAGAAAACCCUGUUUUAUGUUGUAAGAACUGUUUUGUAGAGUCUAGAUAA